UUAGGCAGUAGACAGCCAGCAGUGCAGUCAGCCAGUCUGGGAUCUCCCAAUGCCCAGCAAGAAUCCUUUCCAAGGGGCAGCACUAUGGGUUUUGAACUAGAACGCUUCAGCGGCCAGGUGGACCCCGACUUUAAAUGCAACUUGUGCAACAGGGUCCUGGAGGACCCCCUGACCACCCCUUGUGGACAUGUCUUCUGCGCUGGCUGCGUUCUGCCCUGGGUGGUGCAACAGGGCAGCUGCCCAGUUAAAUGCCAAAGGAUCUCUGCCAAGGAGCUCAAUCACGUGUUGCCCCUGAAGAGUUUGAUCCUCAAGUUGGACAUCAAAUGUGACAACUACUCCAGGGGCUGCGACAAGGUGGUGAAGCUCCAAAACUUGGGAGAACACGCAGAAAUGUGCGACUACUCGCCAGCCAAGUGUAGGAACAAGGGCUGCAAUGAGGUGCUCAACCUCAAGGACAUGGAUGUCCACAUGAGGGAACAUUGCGAGCACCGGGCUGUGGGAAUCUGCCAGAAGGGCUGUGGGCUCAUGUUGACUUUCAGGGAGCAGAAUUUGGGGGACCACUGCUGUUUGAAGGCAGUCAAGGGGCAGAAUGGUGUUUUGCAGACCAAGAUUUCAUGGAUGGAGACUGAGCUCAAGAAGAGGGCACUAAGGUCCUCCAAGAGAGAGAAGUCCCUAGUGUCCCAGCUUUCUGCUGUUCAGAAUGAGUUGCAAAUAACGGCACUAAGAUACCAGAAGAAAUUCACGGAAUAUAGUGCAAGGCUGGACUCUCUCUCAAAGGUUGUAGCUUCUCCAUGCAAGGGAGAAGAAACGAAAGCAAUGACUCUUGUUCUCCACCGGGAAGCUGGAUCCUUGGGAUUUAAUAUUAUUGGUGGCCGGUCGUGUGUGGACAAUCCGGAUGGACAGUCAGGUGAAGGAAUUUAUGUGUCUAAAAUAGUUGACAGUGGACCUGCAGCCAAAGAAGGAGGACUUCAAAUUCAUGACAGGAUUAUUGAGGUGAAUGGUAAAGACUUAUCCAGAGCCACCCAUGACCAGGCAGUAGAAGCAUUCAAGACUGCCAAAGAACCAAUUGUUGUACAGGUCUUGAGACGCACUCCCCGUACCAAGAUAUACAGCCCGACAUCCGACGCACAAGUUGUUGACACAUCAACACAAACGGAAAUAACUUUUGAACACAUUAUGGCUUUGACUAAAAUGAGCUCUCCUUCACCCACCGUUUCUGUUUUAGACCCUUAUCUCCUAAAUGAAGAACAUUCAUCACCGCAUGAGUAUUUUGACCCCAAUGACUUUAUGGGAGGUUUGCAUCCCGAAAUGGAUAGAGACGAGCUUGAGUUAGAGGAAAUAGAUCUGUACAGACUAAACAGCCAGGAUAAGCUGGGAUUGACCGUGUGCUACAGAACAGAUGAUGAAGAUGAUACCGGAAUUUAUGUCAGUGAGAUUGAUCCAAAUAGUAUUGCAGCCAAAGAUGGCCGAAUCAGGGAAGGUGAUCGGAUUAUACAAAUUAAUGGCAUUGAUGUUCACAACCACGAAGAGGCAGUAGCCCUCCUGACAAGUGAGGAUACAAAAGAUGUUUUCUUGUUGGUAGCGAGGCCAGAGAUGCAGCUGGAUGAAGGAUGGAUGGAUGAUGACAGAAAUGAUUUUCUGGAUGAUUUACACAUAGAUAUGCUAGAAGAACAGCAUCACCAAGCAAUGCAAUUUACUGCCAGCAUGCUUCAGCAGAAAAAACUGGAGGAAGAUGGAGGAACUACAGAUACCGCAACCCUGUUGUCCAACCAGUUGGAGAAAGAUAGUGGAGUUGGCCGCACUGAUGGAAGCACUCGGAAUGAUGAGAGCUCAGAGCACGAAAAUAUUACAGACGAUCACACCACUUCCUCAAAUACACUGGGAAGUCAGAAAAAACUAAUGUACAGUCAGGACACUUUGGGGAGUGGAGACAUGCAGUUCAGCAAUGAGUCAUUCAUUUCAGCAGAUUGUACCGAUGCAGAUUUUCUGGGUAUCCCCAUGGAUGAAUGUGAGAGAUUUAGGGAGCUUCUGGAAUUAAAAUGCCAAGUGCAAAGUUCUAACCAGCGCCGAUAUUACCAAAAUAGUACUUUGGAAACCAAUAGAAGUGACCAGGAAAGUGUAGACAGGGAGUUAGAGAUGCUGAAUGAAGAGUUGCACAGCAUUGAGCUUGAGUGUUUGAAUAUCGUCCGUGCUCAUAAAAUGCAACAACUAAAAGAACAGUACAGAGAUUCAUGGAUGCUUCACAAUAGUGGCUUCCGUAACUACAAUACAAGCAUUGACUUGCGUCGACAUGAACUUUCAGAUAUUACAGAAUUGCCAGAGAAGUCUGACAAGGAUAGUUCAAGUGCCUAUAAUACUGGGGAAAGUUGUCGCAGCACCCCACUGACUUUGGAGAUCUCACCUGAAAACUCACUGCGAAGGAGUGCAGACGCCCUCAACUGCCCAAAUGCGGAAGGAGCCGUUGGCAGCUUACCUUGCAAUGCUUCCCAAAAGAGUUUGCUGCCAAGUGGCGGAAGUCGUGAAGUCAGUCCUGCCAGAUACCAUCUCCCAGCCAAGGAGUUUGACAUCAACAAACAAACAGAUGUCCGAGAAAGAAAAGGUGGAGAUGCGAGCAAAAAUCAAACCAAUCCAGAAAAAGUAUCCAGUUCCGUGCAGCCACCGUAUCGCCACUCUCCGUAUAAGCAUGCACACAUCCCUGCACAUGCCCAACACUAUCAAAGCUACAUGCAACUAAUCCAGCAGAAAUCGGCUGUGGAAUAUGCUCAGAGUCAAAUGAGUUUGGUCAGUAUGUGUAAAGACUUGUCCAGUACUACAGAACCUAGGAUGGAAUGGAAGGUGAAGGUAAGAAGUGACGGCACACGCUAUAUUACAAAGCGGCCAAUAAGAGACAAACUGUUGAGAGAGAGAGCCAUAAAGAUUAAGGAGGAGCGAAGUGGAAUGACAACCGAUGAUGAUGCCAUGAGCGAGAUGAAAAUGGGACGUUACUGGAGUAAGGAAGAACGUAAGCAGCAUGUUCGAAAAGCUUCUGAGCAAAGAAAGAGAAGGGAAUUUAUGAUGCAAAGCAGGUUGGAUUGUUUGAAGGAGAAGCAAACCACGGAAGAUACCAAAGAGGUCAGCAUCAUUGACCUCAGUCACAAAAAGAUGAUGAAAAAAAGGAACAAAAAAAUAUUUGACAACUGGAUGACCAUUCAAGAACUCUUAACACACGGAACUAAAUCUCCUGAUGGUACUCGGGUGUACAACUCCUUGCUUUCAGUUACAACUGUAUAAUUUCAUAAUCUAAAAAUCUGUAAAUAAACUACCGUUGCGGUAGAAUUUCCGCCUCGUUAAAUGUGGCAAGUUUAUUAAGAAAAACAACAACUUUUUUUUCUGUGUAAAUAUAAGAUAAUUAAUGUUACUGUUAAUACCUUGUCUUAAACAAAACAUAAACCCAUCCUAUCACAGUACUGGGUGUUAGUUACCCGAAUUGUUUGCCAAAAGGACAUGUAACGGUUUGCUGCGCAACACUUUUACAGUUCCUCUGGCAAAGAGGAGUUCAGCCGCCACAUUACUCAAGUACCUCUGUAAUUUAAAUUGUUUUUAAAACAUGACUGUAAUUUUUAAAACAUUUUUUAAAAUUUUCAUACUGUUAUUAAUCAUGCGAAUGCCAAAUAACCUUUUAGUUACACGUUUAAUAUCUUUAAUCAGUAUUCAUUAAUUAAACACAAGCUUUCGUUUCUUGCCUGAAAACACAGACGCAAUUUUCAAUAUAGAUUUAUAUUUUAUAAAAUUGUAUUUUGUGAUAUUACUUUGCAUUUGUUUUAUUUUAUAUUAUCUGCCUUCUAUUUAUCAAUAUCUACAAUAACAAGAUUUGUCAUAUUGUUUAAGAGCGCAGCUUUUACACUUAUGGGCAAUUCAUAAUUUCUUUAAGAGUUCCUAAGAAUCAGAUUUUAUAUCAAAGAAAUGAUUACUCAAUGUGUAGCUUUAUAAGGUUUGGAAAGCAUGCUUUUGUGGCAUCCUUGUGCCACACUCCCAGGCUUUUGAUACAGACAAGGAAUUUCAUUAUGAAAGAAAGAAGUUAAAAAAAAAAAAAAACACCACCACAAAAAAACAAAACAAAUUUGAAACAUUUUGUGCCAUUUUCCAAGUUUUUUUCUUGUUCCGGUUUGCUUUCUAGGUUUGUACGGAAAUAAUAAUAAUAAA